AUGCUUCUAAGCCUCUUGACGUCAAAACGCGCCGGGGAUCUUCUCCCCCCACGGCACAUCAUCAGUCCCCGUCGUUGCUCUCAAGUUACCCUGCCCAUCAUCAUACCUGCAGCACCGUGGUUCGUAUCGGAGCCUCAUCGGGUGCUAUUCCUCGUGCCCGCCAAGGCUCUAUGGCAGCCUAGGGCUGAGCGGCCAGUCCGUCGUAAGGACGAUGGCACGCGAAGGACGAGGGGCAAGCAAGUGCUGCUGCUGCGCGAUCCGAAAGGCGGGAUGGAUGGAUGGAUAGAUGGAUGGAUGGGGCACCGUCUUUGGUCCGCAGUCGUCCCGUUUUCUCAAACCCCUUCCCACGAUGAGGCAGGUUGA